AUGUCUCUCGCUAAAGCAAGAAAAGGAUUAAAGACUGAAAAGAAAGGUGGAAAAGUAUCUCCUGAUCAAAAACUUCUCAACCAAUUCUUUGAAACCCAUGAUAAUCAUAACAAGUCAGAUAAAAAUUUUAAAUUCAGUCAUUUUCACCCUGGACAUGCUGAGGAUGCCUUUAAACUCUCUGCGGAAUUUAUGGAAAUCGCAAACAAAAAUCCUGAUAAUGCCAUCGAGAAAGUUGUUGAACACGCGAAUAAAGCAUCUGAAACUUCGAAUCUCGAAUUAGUUCGUCAUGCUUUAAUGAUGUUUGUUACUCAUCAUCCGUCUGCUCGUAACAAAAAUUUGCGUAUUCCUCCAUUGAUUAAACGUUCUCCCGGAGCUACUGUUCCCAAGAAGAAGAACAUUUCAUUGGCUCCUGGUCCCCUGGUAUCUACUCAUUCUACUGAAAAGAUUAAGGAAACUGAAGAUAACCCUGAAUUAUAUAUGAAUUGGUAUAGAGAAGAUCCUAAUCUCAAUGAGCAUCACGAGCAUUGGCAUAUCGUUUAUGGUAGUAAUGGUGUUCCUGAUGUUAAGGAUCCUAAAAUCCGUGUUCAUAAGGAUCGACAUGGUGAAUUGUUCGUUUACAUGCAUCGACAAAUGCUGGCAAGAUAUGAUAUCGAACGUCUUGGACUAGGUUUAUCUUUGAUUAAACCUCUUGAUGAUUAUUUUGCCCCAAUUGAUGAAGGAUAUCAUCCUAACGAAAAUUUGGUUGAUGCAGAAGAUGAAGAUGAUCCUUACUCUACUUUUGGUUCUCGUAAACCUGGGUCAAAAAAUCGUGAUUAUGGUAAAAAAGAUGGUCCUUUCACACUUAAAGCAAUGGAUGCAAAUCGUAAAAAGGUCGAAGAAGCUGUUAAUUGUGGUAAAUUUUAUAAUGGUGCCGAGAUCGAUAUUGAUACGUUGGGCGCUGUUCUCGAAUCUUAUGGAAAAGGUGAUUUGAUUAAAUAUUAUGGUAGUUUACAUGCAGGUGGUCACCUUACUAUAGGACACAUAAUUGAUGAUCCUGGUGUGAUGGCUCAAACACGCGUUGCUGCACGUGAUCCGGUAUUUUGGAGAUGGCAUCGUCAUAUAGAUAAUCUGGUCAAAACAUGGGAAGAAAAACGAGAACCGAAUGACUUUUCCAAUUCAUCACCUGUAAAACUUCAAGAUGUCAUUUUUGUAUUCAAAGAUAAACUACCUAUACACCAUGGAGAAACCCAAGAUGAAGAAGCAGCUGCAUUUGGUGAAAAAACAUUUGGUGGAAAAAAUUUUUGUACGGACGUAUCAAAAAAUGAUAUUGUUACAAAUGAAUUAGAAACAAAAAUGAAAACUAGAGUGUGGACAUAUAUUUCAGAUUCAGGAUCAACUGAGGAGAUAGAUUAUUUAUUCCCUAGGGAAUUUUAUUAUUAUUUCCGUGUUGAAAAUACUUCAGCAAGUGAAUUUAUAGCUACAUUCCGCGUCUUUCUAGUACCAGAGGAAUUAGCUGAAUCAAGAGUUCAUUGGAUUGAAUUAGAUAAAUUCAAAGAAUGUUUACCUGCUAAUUCUAAAACGGUAGUAUGUCGUGAUUGUGAUAUGUCAUCAAUCGUACGUCAACCUCCGCAGAAAACCGAUGAUGAAUUAGACGAUACAGCUCUUCCGAUUGAUACUACUCCAGUAGAUAAUAAUAAUGACCGAUUUUGUGAUUGUGGUUGGCCUUUCCAUUUAUUACUUCCCAGAGGAAGGAAAGGAGGAAUGAAAUAUAAAUUAUUAGUAUUUAUUUCCGAUUGGUCUGAAGAUGAAGUACCAACAAUAAGUAGAUGUGGAAGUAUUAGUUUUUGCGGUGCUGAAGGAGCGGCUGAUAAAUAUCCCGACAAGAAACCCAUGGGUUAUCCACUUGAUAGACCGUUCAAAAAUAAUUCUUAUAAAGAGACGUUUGCUGGAUUAAAUAAUGCUAUUAUUAGAGAUGUUUGCAUUAAUUGGGUUGAUGAGUUUCCUGAAAUCGUCGUUGAAGACAGCUGCUAA